AUGCUGGCGAAGCUCGUGUUCACAACUCUUGUGGCUUGGGCACUUGCAGAUUCGGCACGAGCAGCAAAUGGAACAUCGAACGUGUCCAGCGAUCGUCCUUCAAUGCCACUGGAGCACCAUCGAAACUCAAGCGACGAGCAACGCGCAGCCAUCUCGAAGAAUCUGAGCGGAGAGGCGAACGCCUCCGCGAUUCUGAGCACGGAUGUGAACCUGUCGAGCUUCCCACAGCCUUCCUUAAGAGGUGGAGCCUCCCGCGCUGGGUGGACUUGUUGCUCCAAGUACCAGGUACGGACUGGAAGUUACCAUACUGCGGAGAUGUACUUGCAUUGGUGCCUUCAGCAGAGCCACUGCCAGGGCUGGACGAAGGAGUGGCUGACAGGCCCUGCAGGCAUUCUCGUUCACUGUCAAGGAGGUUGCAAGGCAAUCCCACAGCCUUAUCCUUGA